AUGGACCAUGGUGGACUGCAGACAUUGAAACCUGGUGUGAGGAAGUAUGCCUGUGAACUGGAACUGGAUCCAAACACAACACACAGAAACCUCAAACUGUCUGACAACAACAGGAAGGUGACAUGUGUGAAGGAGGAUCAGUCAUAUCCUGAUCAUCCAGACAGAUUUGAUUACUGGCCUCAGCUGCUUUGUAGGAAUGAUCUGACUGGUCGCUGUUACUGGGAGGUCGAGUGGAGAGGAAGAGUUUCUAUAUCAGUGAGUUACAGAGGAAUCAGCAGGAGAGGAGACAGAGAUGACUGUUGGUUUGGAGGGAAUGUUCAGUCCUGGAGACUUUACUGCUCAGAUAAGAACGCUUACUCUGUCUGGCACAAUAAGAGACAAACACCCAUCUCCUCCUCCUCCUCCUCCUCCUCCUCCUCUGUCUCUAACAGAGUAGCAGUGUAUGUGGACUGUCCUGCUGGCACUCUGUCCUUCUACAGAGUCUCCUCUGACACACUGAUCCACCUCCACACCUUCAACACCACAUUCAUUGAACCUCUGUGUGCUGGAUUUGAAUUUGGAUUUGGGUCCUUGUCAUCUGGUUCCUCAGUGUCUCUGUGUCCUCUGUAGGAGGGAGAGUCUCACCUGUGGACAGAAACUCUGCUGACUGAAGAUCAGCUGCUGA